AUACAUUACUGGAAAGUCAAGCAAGAAAUGCUGCAUGUUAAAGACUUAAAACAGGAUUAUACGUACAGAACAUAAUAUAUUUAAAGCAGGAACUAGUUAAUAUUUUACGAAAGGGAAUAUUCUUUGAUUGUAAACGAUGAGUUGAUAACGCAACUUUGCAGUAUUUUCAUCAUUUCCGACCGAUAGAAUGUUUACUGAUACAACUUUGAAACAAGCAAUAUCGUAUGGAAAGUUAACACAAACUCGGAAAGUAAAAAAUACUUCCUCAUUCUGUCUUUCAGAAGACUCGUUUCAAAAAACAAUACUGAACUUUUUGAACCAGCAGCAAAUGUGUGACAAUUAUCAUAAUUCCUUGAUAUGUGUCAAACUGCCAAAAUAAAUGUAUAUGAGCUGUCGACCGUAAAUGGCAAGGAUAUCUAGAUUACUUGAUAUUUUGGGAUUUAAUCAAAAACAUUAACACCAAUGGUGUCGACAAUGACAAACAUUGGGAUGAAAGAUACAAUCAACGAGUUUGUCAACACGACUUCUAUACAUGGGAUACCACACACAAAUGAUAGGAGGCCGAUAUGGUUAAAGGUCACCUGGGCUUUGCUGACUCUUGGAGGGUUCUCUGUAGCUCUUUGGCAAAUUAUUAUGGUUGGCCUAGCCUAUAAAAAAUACCCUGUCAACGUCCUGCUCGACAUUAAACACUCCAAACAAAUCUCAUUUCCCGCAGUAACGAUAUGUAACUCGAAUCAAUUGAGGAAGAGCCACGUGUAUGCGUCUUCGAGUCCUGCUGCGCAGAAUCUUAAAGCUGCUAUCUUGGAGCAUCAGCAACAUUAUUAUAACAGAUCUGUGGAACAUAACAUAAUGAACUCUACCUGUUUUGCAGGUUCCCCUACUUAUGACGAGAUAACGUCUUGUCUCUGGGCUCGUCUCGAGUCGGACAAAACUGGGAUAUCUCCGGCAACCAGUGUUGAAGUGAAUGAUAGACUGAACGACGCCUUGAAAGCAAUGCAUAUCUCAGAGAAAGAACCAAUGGGACACACACUUGAGGGAAUGCUACUAGAUUGUUCAUUCGAAAAAGCAUUCUGCUCACCAAGAGAUUUUAAACGGUUUUACGAUGUGUUUGAAUAUGGGAAUUGUUAUACAUUCAACGGAAUCGACGACGAUGCCACCGAUUCUAUUCGCAAUACGACAAAACCAGGGAAAGAACAUGGAUUGCACCUGGAACUGUUUCUUGAAGAUGAUGAAUACAUACCGGAAUUAACCCCAUCACUCGGGAUCCGCGUAGUGAUACAUGACCAACAUGAUGUGCCCUUUCCAACUGAAAACGGAUUCUUCGUCUCACCAGGAUUUGACACGAGUGUUGCUUUGAAAAAGAUUGAAUAUGAGCGACUCGGGGAACCUUGGUAUGGCUGCAUAGCUCCAUGUUCUGAAGAAUUCAAUGUGUAUCAGGACAUAGCAAACUGUUCGUACAGUAUAUCGGUGUGUAUUCAUACGUGGCUUCAGAAACACGUCAUGGAGAUAUGCCAAUGUACAAGUCCUUAUAUUCCAACUGCUGGUCUACCAGGAGAGAACACAUUAGCAUCAUGUGACAUUCACAAUGAGACUCAGGAGGACUGUUUGGAAGAAACAGAAUACAAAUUUAACAUAGGGGUACUGAAAUCGAACUGCUCUCCAUCGUGCAAAGAAACAAAGUUUGAUUCUAGAAUAUCGACGUCAGUAUGGCCAACUUCCGGUUACGAGGAUAUUUUAGAAGAAAAAUACGCUAGUCAUGUCACCCCAAAAGUCAUAAAUAUUCUGGAAAACAAAACAUCAUCUCUUAGAAAUCAUAUUUUAAAAGUUGACAUAUUCUAUCAAGAAUUAAACAAUGAGCGAAUUUACCAAGAAGCAGCCUAUACGUGGCUGUCCUUGAUUGGAGACCUUGGUGGACAGCUUGGACUGUGGAUUGGUAUCUCAAUUCUUAGUGUCAUAGAAAUAAUAGAGUUUCUCAUUAAUGUUUUGGUUUCCCUUAUGGGAGUGAUCAAACGAUCAAAACCUGGAAAGCUGGGCUCGGAAAAAGAGAUGCAUGAUGUUACACCGGUAGAAAAGUUCAAAAUGGAAAAGUAAAUUUAGAGAUGGUGAUUUUUCAAGUGAUUACCAACCGUCCCCAUGGCCGCAAACAUUUAUGAAUCACCAUGUCAACGCAGGGAGGAA